AUGAUCUCCCAUUCAAUAUUUGUCUUCAUCUUAGUCCAGUCAUCAUUAGCCAAUCUAGAAGAUUCAUACUCAGAUACUCCAGACAACUUUAAUGUAUACUCCGAAGAGUUCCUGGACCCUGAUGAGUCUGAUAUUGAAAAGAGGGACAAUCAUUUUAUGCGGUUUGGUAGAAAUUUGGGAGACCUAAAGAACAGAGAAUUUUGGUACGACGACUAUGACGACAUUGAUGUUCCCAAUAAAAGAUCAGGAAAUCAACACAUUAGAUUUGGUAGGUCUGGAGCAAGUUCGUUUAUGAGAUAUGGAAGGGAUCAUCUUAAAGGCGGAAGAAACAAAGCGCAUUUUAUGAGGAUAGGUCGAUCAUUUCACGAACAAGACGAAAAAACCCGCUCAAAACGUUCCGUUGACUCCUCGUCCCAGACAGGCCAAGAAAAGCAUCCAAAACGUAAAGAUAUAUUUCUAAGAUUUGGCAAAAGUCCCUCUUUUAUGCGAUAUGGACGCAGAGACGAUUCUCUUCCUGACUCAUCCGCUAACUUCGACUACCAAGCUGAAGAAAACCAUCCGCUUGCUUUGCUCCUAGCUAAGCUCUUGGCCAGGAGGGAGGGAUCCAAACCAUGCGACGUAGACGCAUAA